AUGGGGAACUCUUACGCGGGCCAGCUGCGGACCACGCGCUUCGAGGAGGUCCUCCAUAACUCCAUUGAGGCUUCUCUGCGGUCCAACACUGUCGUCCCUCGGCCUGUUUUCUCACAGCUGUACCUCGAGACAGAGCAGCCGCUGCCACAUAACGGCCGAACAGAGAAUGAGGACGAAGAGGAGGAGGAUGGCUCCGAGUCGAACAGCCCUCCGAUACCCUAUCAGAUGAAGCCCCCACCCGAGGGGUGCUGCACCACAGAUGGAUUCUGCCAGGCAGGUAGAGACCUGCGCCUGUCCUCUCUCGCGUCUGACCCUUUGGAAGUGCCACCUGGGUUCAUGCUGGUUGGGGUCAAGUCCCCUUCUCUCCCUGAUAACCUUCUGGUGUGUGCCGUGGACCGCCGCUUCCUGCCAGACGAGCGGGGACGCAACGCUCUGUUGGGCUUCUCUGGAAACUGCAUGGGCUGCGGAGAAAAGGGCUUUCGCUAUUUCACGGAGUUCUCCAACCACAUUAACUUGAAGCUCAGCACCCAGCCCAAGAAACAGAAGCACUUGAAGUACCAUCUGUAUCGAAACAGCCAGGGCGUGCUGGUCAAAGGGGCUCCCAUCUACUGGAGGGGAACUGACGGCAGGAUGAGACAGGUGAGCUCCAGCCUGACGGAAAGCCACCUGACAACAGACGAACAGCCACCAAACCAGGCAUCCAGUCACGCGUCACACCCACUGGGCGCAGCGGGAUCACAUGUGGAGCCACAAGUCGCUGACACGCUGACAAAUGGUAACCAUGCUGUUCCCUCCGCCGUUCAGUCGUCUUCACAUCAGUCUGGGCCUGGGAGACCCUCAGCUCCAGGUCCACAUGCGAAUGCAGGCCCUCCUAAAAAGAGACACAAGGGCUGGUCACCGGAAUCAUCCGCCAGCAGUCUGGCGGAGAGCGCUGUGAAGGCACCUCCGUCGUCAUCAGCCUCGUCCACAGUGACCUCUGUGAUCACAAAUGGAGCCAAAUCAGAGCCAGCUGCGUCGCAGAGUUCGUCUCAGGGGUCCUUGAGCUCACAUCCCCCCUCAGAGCUGCCCAUAGCAGUGCCUGAUCAGCUGCUGCAGACCUGCAGGCUGCAGCCUGUCAUCUUUAAAGGUCACGGCUCGCUUCCUCAGCUCACUGGGAACGUGAGCGAAGUGCUCAUCAGCUCUCUGCUGCAGAGUUGUUACCUGAGCUCACAAGCACUCCCCAGAGUCUACCAGCACUACGGCCCGUCCCCCAUUCAGCCGCUGUCCACGGAGAUGCAGAUUCUCCUCACCGUCUACUACCUUGUUCAGCUCGGCCCUGAUCAGGUGCCCCUCAUCGAGGACUUGGAGCAGAUAUUCAUGAGGUCUUGGAGGGAGUCUCACCUCAGCGAGAUCAGACAGUUCCAGCAGCCUCAAACACCAGGAGCCCAAGGGAGGCACUAUGGCAUUGAGACCCCCGCCACCUUUCCCGGGCUGCCCCAGCACCUCUCGCUGCCUCCGCACAGCCAGCAGCCGCUGACUCCCAGCCAGCUGCCGUGGCUCGCCCAGCUGGCUGCGUCGUCUUGUGGGGAGAGCGUGGUGCUGCUAGCAGAGGGCGUCGGAUCUUUGGCUCAAGGUCUCCAGCAGACGUUCAACAGAUUAAUGGAAGGACGACUCGAGAACACCAACUAUGUGAUGAUCAUCGUCACGAAGCCGGGACAGGAAACGCAGUCCUGUGUGGUCGUCACAGGCAAACAUCAGUGUCGAGCUCUGGCUGAGAGCAUGUUCUCACCAAGCGAGCGUCUUAAAGAAAUCAGCCACCAGCUGUCCACCGGUGUUGCCCAGGACCUCAUCCAUUUCUGCAAUUCACUUGGCCAAGACGGCGAUGUGGAUUCCCUUCUGGACAGUGUCAUUGUGGACAGCAACGAAGCUUCUCCUUCAUCCAGCAGCCAGGAUUCUCCAGAGGAGAAGAGUUCACAGAGCACACGCAGCCCGAAAGACACACACAGUCCAAAGGAUUCACAAACACAGAGUUCAAAAGACUCGCUCAGCCCCAAAGACCGAGCUGCAAGUCCCAAAGACACUUGUUUAGAAUACUUUGUGGAGUGGCGUGAGGUUCGUCCCAUCCAGCUUGCAGUGGCGAGAAAGCUGCUGUCCCACGUCUGUGCUAUAGCCGACUCCAGCACGCAGAACCUGGAUCUGGGCUCCUUUGACAGGGUCAGCUUCCUCAUCCUCGUCCCGCCGUCUGAAGUCACGUUUCAGCAGACAGUUCUUCACCUCUGGAGCUCUGGUGUUCUGCGAGAGCUGGGGAGUUUAGAUCAAGAGUGUGAGUCGCAACGAGAGGCCGAGCGUUUCGUGGUCAAAAUGGAUCAGAGUGCCCAGGGGCGAAUUGAUAAUCUCAUCCGAGAAGCACACAGUAACUCGUACACACUCUACAUUCUGGUUCAUGAUCAUGCCCACUGGGAUGUGAGCAGUGCGUCCUACUGUAGCUCAGAGAGCAGUUUGGGCCUCGUGGACCAGCUGUUGAACUCCCGACAGGUCAGAGAGGCAGCGAACAUCUUGAUCCUUCACGUAACCUCGUUCCCCUUCGCCCUUCAAACACAGUGCACCCGCAUCAGCCCCUACAAUGAGAUCCACUGGCCUUCUGCAUACAGCAAUGACGUGGACUUGUAUCAUGAGAAGACCCGCUACUUUGGCAUUUCUGAGCUUUUAGACUCCUCCUGUUCAGGAAACAGCUUGCCACUCAUGCGCUAUGACUCCUCUUUUGAAAGCAUGGCAUCCACUCUGGAAGAAAGAUUUCCGAAGCUGCACAGCACUGUGAUUCGCACUACGGUUUUGAUUCAGCACUACUGUGUGGCUCUGAUGGCUGCAUCCAGCAGGAUCAGCAGUUGCCACAAUCUCCACAAGCACACCUCCGUGGAGACCCUGGAAAUCGUUCAGUCCUUGCUGACCGCAGCUCAGCAGUGCCCUGCUCAUCACGGCCACAUGGUGCUGCUGCGGAUCCCCUCCUCAGCUUUAGCGGCCUGGGCUCACCGGCGGCUGUGCAGAGUGAGGAGGCAGCUGGGUCUCGAGGAGAGCUUUGAAAUCGUGAUGGGAAACCCCAACCAGGCGCUGAAUAUUGGACAGACCUUCACUGAUCAGAUCAAGUCCUGGCUUAAGAUCCAGGAUACUGACUGGGUUCCUCGUACCUACUUGGAGCUGGAAGCUUUGCCCUGCAUCCUGAUCCUCUCAGGGACUGAGCCGCUGGGAGAGUCCCUGCCGAGAUCGCUGAAGUACUGCGACCUGCGAGUGAUCAACUGCUGCUACCUGCAGCGGACCACCCUCGAGCAGGAGCUCGGGCUGGCUGCAUAUCUGGUGAAAGCCGAGUCGCGACUCCCGCACAACCCGGGACCAGGAAGUGACCAGCUGGAAAGUGACCCAGAAAAACUCAGCAGCACAGACAAUGAGGAAGAGGAGGCACGAGACAAUGGGGAGUCCCCCAAGUCCUCCACACAGCCACUCCAGUCAUGUCCAGACAGUGGAGCCCAAGAUUCCCAACCUGCCCCCAGUGUCUCUUCUCCAAAAGUCCAGAAAGGGACAGUAGACACACAUUCACAGUCACAGUCUCAGAUUCAGCCUCAGGGUUCUUCCCAGACCUUUGCAUAUCCUCAGCCGGGCCCACACCACCAAACUCAGCCUCCAGGUCAAAGUUAUUCCCAACACUCCAAAUCCACGUCCUCUGGAUCUCUGUCCCCACGAUCGUCCUCUCCUCAUCUCAGCUGCUCCUGGGCCAGAGGAGUGAGUCGCCCACCUUCAGUGCUUCUGCCUCGAGCACUUUAUGACAUUAUCACAGCCAGCGACAGCAGCGGGCUUCCACGAUGUACGUCUUUCUUGCCACACAUGUCCGUUGCGUGGGCCAGCAGCUUCAGGCCUUUGCUGAGUAAAAUGAUGACUUGUACAGAGCAGUCGCUGUACUACCGCCAGUGGACAGUCCCUCGCUCGAGCCACAUGGACAGCAGCAAUCGCACCGAAGGACGAAGUGACAACUUUCACCCUCGCAGGCUGCUGCUCAGCGGACCCCCUCAGGUGGGUAAAACUGGAGCAUAUCUGCACUUUCUGGGUAUUCUCUCCCGGAUGCUGAUCAGACUCAUGGAGGUGGAUAUCUACGAUGAAGAAGACAUCAAUACCAGUGCGCAGGUGGAGGGGGCACAGUACCACCCACCUAACACUCUGUGGCCUAAUCCAGACAUCAUGAGGACGAUGCCCUUUGACUACGCCAUCCACGACCCCAAAUACGACGACAUCAGCUCUGUGUAUUGCCCCAGAUUUAAACCCAGUGCUGAAGGAAAUCCUGUGCGGCAGGAGGACGUGUUUCUGCGAAGGCGGACUUCUAGGAUUAAGCUUUCUAAGUACGCAGCCUACAACACCUAUCAUCACUGUGAGCAGUGUCAUCAAUACUUGGGCUUCAACCCCAGAUAUCAGAUGUACGAGUCGACGCUUCACGCCUUCACAUUCACCCACGUGUCACUUGGAGAGGAGAUCCAGCUCUACUUCAUCAUCCCAAAGUCGAAGGAGCACUACUUCAGCUUCAGCCAACCAGGAGGCCAGCUGGAGGGCAUGCGGCUGCCGCUCACCUCUGACUGGAGCCCAGACAGCAUCAAGAGCCCAAUCUUCACCCCAACCACCGGACGGCACGAGCACGGUCUGUUUAACCUGUACCAUGCAAUGGAUGGAGCCUCACAUCUACAUAUCCUCGUGGUCAAAGAGUACGAGAUGGCCGUCUACAAGAAGUAUUGGCCCAACCACAUCAUGCUGGUGCUGCCCACUGUCUUCAACGGAGCUGGGAUUGGUGCUGCUCACUUCCUGAUCAAAGAGCUUUCCUAUCACAACUUGGAGCUGGAACGCAGUCGACGUUUGGAGGGAGGAGGCCCAGCAGGAGACGUGUGGCCCUUCAUCAUCCUGGCGGACGACUCCUGUGUGAUGUGGAACGCAGUGGAUCUCGAUGCCCGCAAUGGUCCUGUGGAGCACGCCGUGUCACUGAAGCAGGUGUUGCAGCACAUGGAGGCCUGUCCGGACCUCGCGCACUACGGUCUGUGUGGCAUCAGGAAGUGGAGUAGCCGGGGAGGCACAGGCAAUAAACAGCGAGAGCCGUUCUCCAGAGGGCACAUUCACGACUUCCUCCUGCUCAACGUGGACCGCAGUCAGAACGUUCAGUACGACCAGAACCGCUUCACCUGCCACGACGUGGACUUCAUCCUGAGGCUCCACAGCGCCGGGCUGCUCGUCUGCAGGUUCAACACCUUCAGCGUCAUGAAGAAGCAGAUCGCCAUCGGAGGAUACAGGACAUUUAUUAUCAAGACCAAGAUGACAGACGUUCCGACCUCCGUGGGGCCGUCGCAAUACAUCUGCGCCCCGGACAGCAAGCACCUCUUCCUGGCUACACCAGCUCAUCUCCUCCUGGAGAAAUACCUCCAGCACACCAGCCAGAAGCUCUUUCCACUCAGCACCAAGAACUACACACACCCUGUGUUGUCAGUGGACUGUUACCUCAACUUGGGCCACGAGGUGACGGUGUGCUUUGUGAGUUCCCGUCCUCAUUCCUUUAACAUCAGCACCACAGGGCUGCUGUUCAGCGGCCUUCUCCUUUGUUUUCCUGACACAUUCGUGACUCCCGCUUUCCUCAAGAAAUUUGCCUUCCUUAAAGGCGCCACUCUGUGUGUCAUCGGUGUGGAUCGCAGCUCGCUGAGGCAGACGGUGGGCAGGCUGGAGCUGGAGGAGGAGUGGAGGUUCAGGCUCAGCGACGAAUUCCAGACAGCCAACGCCAAGGAAGACCGGCCGCUGUUCUUCCUGACCGGCAAACAUAUCUGA